AUGGCCCGCCAACCCUCUCUUGACUCUGAACGUCCCAUUAUGGCUCAAUCGAACCGAAACUCAAAGCGAUUCUCCACCGUCAGUGGAAGCCCCUCGCUGGCCGCCUCCGAUCGCACAAACGGCACUCUACCCAGCGGCGACCCUAGAAUCGCCGACAUCUUCCACCUCCACGAUGGCUUCGAGCGCCUUGAGAGCAAGCCUCUCAACAAGCAGCGAUUCGUCCCCACGGAGGAGAAAUCGAACAACCUGAACAAACUCGCUCUCGGAGCUAAGGUCGAGCGCGCCCUGGGCCGGAGGAUGACUAGCCAAGAUGCUGUCAUGCGCAAGCCUCUCUCUGAGAAGACUGAGGCACGGACUGACUAG